AUUAUGAUACGAGAUCGACUGAUUUGAUACUGAAAAGGGAAAAAUGACGAUCUGAAUUCUGACAAAUCCAGAUUGUCGACCGAUCGUAGUGAAUACAGUACUUUAGUGGACCCAUCAUUACCCGGUCCGGACAGAUCUGUUGCUUUAUCGGAACGCUUAACUGAUAUCGAUGGUUGCUGCAUUAGGUUUCCCCUCACAGGAACGAAAUGCCGUCCAAUCAGAAACCUGCCAUAAGAAUGAAAUUCUUAUUCAGGAACCAUUCGUUCUGUGUCACGUAAUCCUACCUACCACAGCGACAAACGUCUAUUUCAACAGCUACUUUCAAUUAUUUUGUCGAACAGGCUUGCAGAAACAUCAAGAUGAAUUCAAAAUACAUUUAAAUGUGGCAACUGCAAUCCUCAAUCAAACAUUUACAAUGAUCGCUUUACAGAUAAUACUAUGGAGCAACGAAACAUUGUACAAGUUGUUAAAGUUGCAACAUGACUCUACUUUUAUAAAGCCAAAAAGCGGGUUUUUUGAGCUUUUCAGAACAAAUUCUCCUUCUCUCCAUGGGACAGAUCAGAAACUCAAGGCUGUAGAAUCAAACUAUCGUACUGCUGAUACAUUUGCUCAAACCAUAAAGUCUUUAUGCUCCUUUAUUAUUGUGGCAAAAGCUCAACAUCAAAGUCAGUCAAAGAGAAGUCGACCCAACGACUUUCACUCAUUGCUUCAAAGCAAAUAACCAUAACGAGCCUAUACAUACUAGCGUUCAAUUAGAGUGCCAUUCAUUAUGUAACGGCGAUGUAAUAAUUUUGUGUUUUAAAAUCAUUUGUAUAACUUUUUUUUUUUUUUUUUUUUUUU